AUGGACUACUCCAUCCCGAAGCUUCUUGCUUCGGCAAGUCUUCUGGUCGGUUUGGCUUCUGCCGCCCCUAGCUCCUCGCCGCUAUACAACUCUGUUAUUGAGACCAAGUAUGGCAAGGUCCAGGGUUACCCUGCCUUCUCCAGCGAGCCCACUGGCAACUUGACCAACUGGAAGGACAUCACCGUCUGGAAGGGUAUUCCAUUUGCCGCCGACACUGCAGGCGAAAACCGCUUCCGUCCUCCUCAGAAGGCAAGCUCAUGGAACACCACCCUAGAUGCGAAGUCGUUUGGCAACGUGUGUCCUGCCGCCACCAGCGACACCAACCUCACCAUCUCCGAGGACUGCCUGAACUUGAACAUUUGGAGUCCCGCCAAGUCCACUGGCGCCAAACUUCCUGUCGUUAUGUGGAGCUACCCGGCCGAAUCCACCGCUGCUGAUGCUCUCUUCGACGGUGGCGGCAUGGCCGACAAGGGUAUUGUGUUUGUCAACUACAACUACCGAACUGGAUCCUUUGGUUGGCUUGGACACCCCGAGCUGAACGAGGAGGUCUACAAGGCCACUGGCCACAACAGCUCCGGCAACUGGGGAAUGCUCGACCAGAUGGAGGCUGUGAAGUGGAUCCACGAGAACAUCGCUGACUUCGGUGGAGAUCCUAACCACAUCACCGUCAUGGGCCAAUCUGCUGGAUCUGCCGCGACCUACCACAUCCUCAACAGUCCCCUUACCAAGGGCCUCAUCAAGCAUGCCAUUAUCGAGAGUGGUGUCCGUGACCCCCAUGACCCUCUGUGCACUUCUCUUGCCGAGGGCUACAAGACCCAGGAGUAUGUUAUGGCCCAGGGCCUGAACUACACCGCUGAGAAGAAUGUCAGCACUAUUGCUGAGCUGCGCAAGUUGCCCAUGUCUGAUCUCGAGGACAACGUUCUGGAUGGCUGGAGCUUCGGUGCUACCUUGGACUACUACGCUAUGCCCGCUAAAUACGCCGUGACUCUGAAAGAGGGAGCUGCCAACAAUGUCCCAGUCCUUACAGGUAAUACCAAGGACGAGAGUGGUGCUGAGAAGCAGACCAAUAUCACUGUGGCCGAAUACCUCGCGGAUCUGGAGGAUACCUACACCACCGGUAACUGGUCCAACAGAUUCCUUGAGCUUUACCCCGCCGAUAACGACAAGCGUGCCGAUGGUGCCUACAACUCCAUGUGGACCGACCGAUCCAAGGUUGGCACCUGGAUGUGGACUCAGCUCUGGGCUGAAUCCAGCAACAAGGAUGUCUACACCUACUUCUGGGAUCACUCCCCGCCCGGCCAGGACCAGGGCGCCUACCACGAGUCUGAGAUCAACUACGUGCUCAACAACCUUUACGCCACUGACAAGCCCUGGACCGCAAAGGACUAUGAAAUCGCUGCCAAGAUGAACGGAUACUGGUCCAACUUCAUCAAGAACGGCAACCCCAACGGAAAUGGUCUGGUCCACUGGUCCCCCACUGCUGACGAUGCGCGUGUGCAUCACGUUGGUAACGGUUGGGGCCCCAUCCCCGUGGCCUCCAAGGCUAAGGUCCAGCUGUUCAAGGAGUGGUUCGCUACCCUCCCGACCUACUAG